AUGGGCAUCCUCGACUCGCUGCACCACCAGCCAGAGAGCUAUGCGCGCAAGAAGAACUACAAGUUUGAGGGCGUCUUGGGCCACGGCGCUUUUGGCGAAGUGAAACAAGCAACCUGGUCUCCUCCACCCGGAAACGCGCACUACGACGACGCGCAGAAAGUCGGCGGGCACAUCGAGGUUGCUGUCAAGGUCGUCAAGAAGAAGGCGUUGAGGGGGGAUUUGCAGGCUGUGCUGGACGAGAUUGAGGUCUUGUCGGGUUUGAACCAUCCCAACAUCGUCAAGCUCUACGACCACUUCGAGUCGCGCGACAAGUACUACCUCGCGUUCCAACUCGCUUCGGGCGGCGAGCUCUUCGAGCAGAUCUCGAGUCGCGGAAAGUACACCGAGGGCGACGCGGCAAAGGUCAUCAAGGAUGUUUUGGAAGGAGUCAAGUACCUGCAUUCGCACAACAUCGUCCACCGCGACCUCAAGCCCGAAAACCUUCUCUAUGUCCGCCCUACGUCCGACCAGAUCGUCAUCGCCGACUUUGGCAUCGCGAAACACCUCGACGACGGCGAGAGCUUGACGAGUUUGGCGGGCAGUCCAGGUUACGCAGCCCCCGAAGUCCUGCUGCAGAAACCGCACGGCAAGCCCGUCGAUCUGUGGUCCGUUGGCGUCAUCACCUACACCCUCCUCUGCGGCUAUAUCCCCUUCCGAUCGACCGAGACCCGGCAGCUCAUCGAAGAAUGCAAAGUCGCCAAACUCGAGUUCCACGAAAAGUACUGGAAGAACGUCUCGGCCGAGGCAAAAGCAUUCAUCAAAGCGCUUGUUAAGCCGAACCCGGGGGAUAGGCCGACGGCGGAACAGGCGUUGAAGCACAAGUGGCUGGUUGACGCGCUCAACAAGGAGCACGAGCACGACUUGAGCGCUGGAUUCAAGGCGAACUGGACGCCGAGCCGCAAGUGGAAGCAAUCGAUCAACACGGUGAUGGCGGCGCAACGCUUCGCCAGAGCGACUCGAGGUGCCAAAGCAGGCGCCGUCGACGGGCGCCGCGGAUCCGACUCGACGGACGAGAGCGACGACGACGGCUUCCACACGGCCGAAGACGAGGAGGACGAGCGGCAUGCGCGGGUGCGGUCGAGGGAGUUGAACGCCAAGGAGCAUGAGAGGCAGCGCGGCGAAGGCCGGGAGGGGCGGACGAGUGCGGAGCGUGACAGGCAGCGGAAUGAUGCGCUGAACGCGGUCAGUGACGGUGUCGAGCAGCUGUCGCUGUGA